UUUAUUAAUGCCCGCCGUCGCAUUGUCCAGCCGAUGAUUGAUCAGAGCAAUCGAGCCGGUCGCUCACCAGUGGUAAACGUGUUCAAGUCCAGACGUCGGAAAUCGAGUGGUCAGAGCCCCGGGCCGUCGCCUAGCAACGUAGGCAAGUUACACAUUGCUGACAUGGCAAAUUAUUACAGACCGUUGAACGCCUACAGUCCGGACAGCUCGAUGGCACCGUACAUGACGAAUGCCGGUGCCGACCUCUACGCCAGAGCGGGUAUGCUUCCGGGCACCGGUCUGAACCCGCACAACCCGUACGGUGGUAUGACGGCCCAUUCGCAGCUGGGUCCUGCAGGGACGAUUCCUGGUCAGGCAAUGCUGAUUCCCGGUCACCCCCACGCGAUGAUGAUGGCCCAUCACGCCGCGUCGGCCGUCUAUCCCCAUCAAACGGCUCAGGCUUGGGGUCAUAUCGACCCAACGCUAGCCCUGAAUCCGCACGCCAUGAUGGACGCUUCGAUUUAA